AUGAAUUCUGAAGAUUGUUCCAUAACAGAGAAUAGUUCUUCACAUCUGGAGGAAGGGCAAAAAAGUAAUGGAGCCAGCAUGCAUUUUGAGAAAUACCAUGAAGGAUCCAUUCAAGUUCCUAUCCCUUGUGCUGUUCUCACCGUGGUCAUCAUCACCUCAUUGAUUAUAGCUCUUGUGGCCUUAAACGUGGGCCACUACAAUUGUCCAGGCCUCUAUGAGUCCUCAAUGUCAUCAGAUGGCCGUGUUGCCUCCUGCUCAGAUGAGUGGGUUAAAUACCAGAAGAAAUGCUACUUUUUUUCUUCCACAACACAGAGUUGGACCUUGGCCCAAGACUCCUGUUCCAAAGAUGGUGCUACUCUUGCUGUUAUUGAUUCCUCAAAGGACCUGAUGUUUCUCAAACGAUAUGCCGGUGGAGCGAAACACUGGAUCGGGCUGAGAAAUGAAGUUAACGAGACAUGGAAAUGGCCAAAUGGCAGAACAUUCAACAACUGGUUCAACAUGACAGGGUCUGAGAAGUGUGCAUUUUUGAACCUCACUGAUGUCAGUAGUGCUGACUGUGAGAAGAACUUACACUGGAUCUGCAGCAAAUCCUCCAGAUGACAAGGAAACAUAUUUAUUCAUAGACUUCUCUACAAUGGAACCAAGACAUGUGAAUGGAUGGUACUCUGUGGCCAAAAGCCUCACAAACAAACUGCAUUAUCCUGGAAAUCUUCCAAACAGGACUGUGGGAGAAAAGUUGCAGGAAAGUCUACACUGGAGACUCUUUUUGUCAUGAGCUGGAAAUGUCACCAGUUGACUGACAACCAUGUCAAAGAAUGAGAAGAGAGAUCACAGAGCUUCAUAGAUGCACUUUAUAUUUUAAAUGCAGAAUAAUAAACUGACUAGGUUUAGAGUUCCUAUUUAUUGCUGAACAACUACCAACAAUCAGUGCCCUUCAUUCAUUUGCACUAUUUGAAGGAAUUUUGGUAAAAAUUGAAUGUAAAUAGAGAACAUUUUGACUGGUAAAUGAAUUUCUUAGAAAGCACUUAACAAGUAGACCAAUGCUUAUGAAACUAAACUUUUCAACAGCUCCUCUAUGUAGAGCUUAUUGCCAAGUUAUUUUGUGAUUUUUUUCCACCCAAAGAAUAAGGUUCAACUUUUUCUUAACUCCCUCAGUGUAGACAGGUCUUUCUCAAUGGUACAUAUUUUUUUGUCUUUAAAGUUUUCUCUGUAGUGUUUUUCAAAGAAGAGGCAAAAGCAAAUUGAAUGCCCAAUAUUUGUAAAGCAGAUUUAAAAGUAGAAAAAAUUGUGCAAUAUGUGAGUUGGCAUAUCUCUGUCAGGACAUAUGCUAUGUGCUCCACCCUGGGGUACCACGGUUCUCAUCUCAUAAUGCAUUCCUGUCUUUUCCAAUCAGUAUCGUUAUGUGCAAUACUUCAUGCGAAGUAUUUUCUAUGUGCAAUAAAAUGUGUU